GUGCCAUCCAAGUCGCCGCUCCGAGCACUUAAGACGCCAGAAGACUAAUUUCUAUAUCAACCAUGUCUGAGUUUAAAAUGACCAUUUGUUGCAUGGGCGCUGGCUACGUGGGUGGUCCCACCAUGGCCGUGAUCGCUGCCAACUGCCCAGACAUCAAAGUGGUCGUCGUGGACGUGAGCGCACAGCAGAUCGCCAAAUGGAACACGCCGGACGACAUCCCCAUCUACGAACCCGGACUUAAAGAGCUUGUGGACGCACGUCGCAACAAGAACCUCUUCUUCUCCACAGACUUGGACAAGUACAUUAACGAAGCCGACAUCAUCUUCGUGUGUGUCAACACACCCACGAAGACCAGCGGUAUUGGCGCUGGCAGCGCUGCCGACACGAAGAACUGCGAAGCUUGUGCACGGAAGAUCGCAGACGUGGCUACGGAGGGCAAAAUCGUCGUCGAGAAGUCCACCGUGCCCGUGCGUACGUCCGAGAGCAUCAAGGCCGUGUUGCGCGCGAACUCGAAGGGUCUUAAUUUCGAGGUGCUCUCUAACCCCGAGUUCUUAGCCGAAGGGACGGCUAUUGACGACCUGCAAAAGCCAAGUCGUAUUCUGAUUGGUGGAGCCGAGACUCCCGAAGGUCACCAAGCCGUCGAGAAGCUCGUGAGCGUGUACGCGCACUGGGUCGCGCGCGAACGCAUCAUCACCACGAACGUCUGGUCCUCUGAGCUCUCGAAGCUCGUGGCCAACGCCUUCCUGGCUCAGCGUAUCUCGAGUAUCAACUCGAUCUCGGCCGUCUGUGAAGCUACCGGCGCGAAUGUGCACGAAGUGGCUCGUGCGGUUGGUGCGGACGACCGUAUUGGCGCCAAGUUCUUGAACUGCUCGGUCGGCUUUGGAGGCUCGUGCUUCCAGAAAGAUAUCUUGAAUCUAGUAUACCUGGCAGAGAGCUUCCACUUGCCGGAAGUGGCCGAAUACUGGCGCCACGUGGUCACCAUGAACGAGUAUCAGAAGACUCGCUUCGCUACGACCAUGAUCCGUCGUAUGUUUAACACGGUGACGAACAAGAAGAUCUGUAUUUUCGGGUUUGCCUUUAAGAAAGACACUGGCGAUGUGCGUGAGACGCCUGCCGCUACGAUCGUCAAGUAUCUGCUGGAGGAGAAGGCCAAUGUGGCUGUGUACGACCCUCAAGUCAAGCUGGAAGACAUGAUGCAUGAGCUCGAAUACCAGGGCGUCAACAGCACCAGCCAUCCGCAGAUGGACAAGCUGCUUAAGGUGUACAAUGAUCCGUACGAGGCCGCUAAGGACUCGCACGCUAUCGCUGCGCUGACUGAGUGGGACGAGUUCAAGACACUGGACUACGCCAAGAUCUACGAGAACAUGACCAAGCCUGCCUUCUUCUUUGAUGGCCGCAACAUCCUCCCGCAUGAGAAGAUUGCCGAACUGGGAGCCAAGGUGUACGUCAUUGGCCGUGCCGACGUCAUCUCGGGUGAACUGCCCUUUUAG